AUGUCUAUUAAAUUGCUUCUAUCGUUUUUAACUUUAUACUUGGUUAACGCUUCAGCCAUGGUCAUUAAUGGCACGGCCAAUUAUAAUACCAAUGGCUAUACUUCUUCAACAGUUCAGUUGGCAACCGAUGUCGCUGCUUUACAACCAACAUUAACCACAGGAACUGAAACCACCACAAUCACCUAUAUGGAUGACACCACAACUUUUUACAUUACUUCUACUGUUUUGACAACUAAAAUGAUCACUCCAACCUCUACUUUGAAUAAUCAAGCUGCUCAAACUACUACCAAUGUUAAUGCUGCUACAAAUGCUGGAACUCAACAAACAACCACAUCAACAUCUACCAUCACCAAAUUCUUUUAUGUUACAUUAUCUGCUACUUCAACUAUUUCUCCAGCUACCUCUUCAACUACCAACAAUGCUGGUGUUAAUGUCGUUACAAGAACCCACACCGCCUCUCCAGUCACCACUACUAUUGAUGGUACCAUGUACAUUAAUCUUGAUGGUAAAUUAGUAAACGGUAUGAGAAUUUUCACUAACAGUGCUGGCUCUACCGUCGCUGCUGAAUGUGUUCCAGUUACCAAUUUUGUCACUAUCACUGAAACCCCAUCUGCUGUUAUUCAAUAUGUCACCGUGACCCCAGAACCAGUUACCCAAACUGUCACUCUAAGUUUCAAUGGUACUUCCUUUAACUCUACUAACCUAAAUGAAACGGUUAUUGCCAAUCAAACUGAUUCAACUAUUAGUAGUUUGACAUCUCUAUAUUAA